AUGCAGAUGGAGCGAGACUUGGCGAGACCGGUAAACGAGAAAAAUUUAUUUCACGGGACCAGCAAGGAGGCCGUUGAAGCCAUCUGUCGCACGAACUUCGACUGGCGACUCUGCGGCUCACACGGCACCAUGUAUGGACAGGGCUCCUACUUUGCAAGAGACGCAUCAUAUUCUCACAUGUACACCGACCAGCCGACAGUUCAACCACCACCGCCACCACGCCACAUGCAACCACCACCACCUCCUCUUCCGAGCAACAUCCUCUUCAAUCCAGCGCAGGGCGGAAGUUCAGGUGCACCGCAGCAACCUCAGCAGCCAUCGCAUCACCAACUUCCUCCUCCUCCCAGCCAUCCUCACCAUCAGAUCAUCUUCCAGGCAUUCCCAGGAACGAGUCAUUCUGUCAGCAUUGCGGCCCUACAGUCCUGUCGGUUUGCCAGAAUUCCCGUUCUGCCUCCCGGAAGUAGUGGCGCUGCGCACCAACAAGCGCAGGUCAUCGUUCCCCCACCCUCCACGGGCCCUCCUCCUCCGGCCGCCCUGGCCCCCUUUACUUUUGCUCCAUACUGGACCAUUCCGAACGCACCACCGCAACAAAACAGCGCGAGUGGCCCGCCGCAACAACAGCAACCGCCACCGCCGCCGCAACAGUCGCUACCGAUGCAACUCGUCAGAACAAACAAAGGAUUGAAGCUGACCACCGGGCAGCCACCGAUGCAGCAACAACAAUCUCAACAACAACAACAUCUUCACCAUCACUUGCACCACCAUCAUCACAUGCCUCCACCACCGCACAUACAUCACUCGCAUCACAUCCAUCAACAUGUCCACCAGCAGCAAGCAGUCAUCUUACCGCCACUACCACUACAGCAACAACAACAGCAACAACAACCGCCCCAACAACAACCAACUCAACAGGAUCACGUUCACGUUAUGUUCCUAGCCAGAGUGCUGGUAGGCGAAUACACCAUCGGCAAAAACGGAUACCGAAAACCGCCAUCGAUCAAUCCACUCGAACCGUUCGGUAAAUCGUUCGACGCAUGUGUCAAUGACACGAACAACCCGACCAUCUACGUCAUCUUCAACAGUUCCCAGUGCUAUCCAGAGUACAUCAUCGAAUACACAAACAAACCCAGAGAUAUAUGA